ACCGCGAGCGACUCCACGCUUGAGAGGCUUUCAGUGUGAGGAGAGUAAACGAUCACUGCUCUCACAGUAGUCGGUCAGCUAACUUGGGUCUCUCUCCCUUCACGGAUUACACACGGGAGGAUAUCGCCAGAUUCAACUCAACCAGCUGACGCUUCCUCGUCUAUUCCAGAUUGAUCCCGCCUCAGUCGUUGAGUAGGCCGGCGUUCGCGCAUGUAGAAGCGUUGGAUUGACAGAACGCGGAGAGUAGGCACUAGCGUGGCACCAGAGUACCAUGACAGAUCGGGACCCCGAUUCUUCCAGGAAUUUGUUGGAAGGCAAACAGAACAAUCUCCACAGAGUUAACAACUGCGCCAUGAAGUCGGAAAAAUAUCUCGAGGACUAUGAACGCUUGAGGUCCAAAUUGGCCCAAAUUACGUGCUAUCUGUACGGUUUGGCAGCGGUUGUUGUAGCCGGGAUGUUGAUCCUCAUCGUUAUUGUAGCCGUAUUGUAUGGGAAACUGAGUUAUGAUGUGGCGCACCAUUCACACCAGCCCAAGGUGGGGGAACAGAUCGCCAAAAUUCUUGAACGAGGAAAAUUAUGUUUACCGUGCAAUGAACUCAGAUUGGGACCAAGUCCCGAGGAAGAGAAUAUGCUAAACAAGUUCACACGAGAAGAACAUGACAACGUGGAAAAGUGUUGUGUUGAAACCCCCUCACAACUCUUAGAAUUACUCGAACUGUUCAUCGAGAGGACGUACAGAGAAGAAAUGGCUAAAGGCAAUAUCAAGAUCCCCAGCAGCAGCAUGGGGUCGGCCACAGACGUGGACAGGCCUGCCGCCCAUCUGAUGGGGGAUGUUCAACGCAUGGACCAAACCCAAGUUCCAGGCAAGCAGUUCCCCAUCUCGAGUUGGAUCUAUUCCACAGACCUUGCCUUCAGCGACCACGUCAGCUACCGACACGGCCGCAUUGUGGUUCCCACCGACGGCCUCUUCUACGUCUACAGCCAAAUCUCCUUCCUCGAGGUUUUCAACGUCCGCAAUGACGGUAGCAGCAGCUCCUACAGCACGGAGUCCCCCUCCCUCUCCCACUAUCUCUACCGCUACAACAUCAUUUACCCUCACGGCGGCGAGGAGACACUCAUCCAGAACUCCAUCACAAAGUGCUGGGGACAGAACAAGGCCUUUGGGGAGUACACCAGCUACCUGGGGGCUGUGUUCCAUCUCCGCCAAGGAGAUGAAGUUUUUGUGAAGGUCUCUAACAUCACCAUGGUCUCGAGGGACCCUAAGUCUAACUAUUUUGGCCUGUUCAAGCUCUGAGGUUGAACAUGACUGCAUGCUACGUCUGUGAGUUUGCGUGAAGCUACUUCUGAAUGGCGUAUGAGUGAAUGAAUAUGUGUGUGUGUGUGUGUUUGAAUUGAAUCUAAUUCUGUGGGAUGCGUGAGAUAUUUUGAAAAAAAUGCUCUAUUUCUAGGUGAUCUUGUCAUCGCUAUAUGCAUGUAAAAAAGUGCAAAGAGUUGACGUUCGUUUAUGAAAAUAUUCGAAUUCGAAUCCAUUGUAAAAAUACCAUUGUUUCUAAUGCUCUAUUAUGUUGUUGAUUGUUGUUCUGGUUAGCGGAGGACUAGCUAGGAGUAAUACAUCCUGUGUAACGUUGCCAUCAGGGCUGCGGCACUCGUCAGCGUCAAUGUUACAGGUCUUUGUUGAACAGGCGUUAUCGUAACACAAAGCAAGGACGUGGCAUCUCAAGUCAGUCAUUACAUCAUCCCCAAUCACGCUGUCUCGAGAGUAUGAAGUCUAAGUCUUCAAUGGGCAUUGGCCAAGGUAAGAGGCCGUUGCUAGGCAUAUAGAAGACGGUCAUCAGAUUCUAAGUCCAUUAACUGCUGACAAUGGUGCUUGUUACUCGUUCCCAGAUCCCUGUUCGCAUUUUCUGUCUCCACUCUGCCAAAUUACACCAAAUUUGCAGGGGGAUCCUUUGUCCUCUAUUUUGACUCCGUACAUUUGCCGGCUACCGACCGUCUGUAUAUUUUGUGGACGUAUUUAUCAGCUUCGUUAGGUCCGUGGUUGACAAUGGUGAUUCCUGGUUAGAAGUCCCAGCAACCUAUGCAGGUCAAAAUAGGCGACAAAAUGGAUCGGUGGUCGGGCUCAGUGACUGGGUGGAUAGUGUGUUUUGUUCCCCGAUAAUUACAGUCCAGUCAUAUUGCUGAGUGUGGCGUUAGAUACAACUAGUACGUGGUACUGACGUACAUCGUGUACAUUUUACCCUAAAGUCAUUGCAUUACAGGGGGAAACAUAAGGAUACAUCAUCGACGUGUGUCUAAACCUACCUCCCCAAUCUGGCAUUCUAUUUCACUAGCGGAUUUUAAGUUAGAGUGAAUGUUAAUUAUCAAGCGAAUGAUAGUUAUUAAGUUCCUUUGUUGGUGGGAUCUGGCGUUCCUAAUAAUAUUGAUCGAUAAGAUUUCGGAACUGAUCAGUUAAGACAUAAUUCCACAUCUGUUUCGAAUCUACCGAUGACCAAUUGCUAUAUCGGCGCUGCGGAGACUGUGUCCACAACACAAUCUCUGAACUCAUUUUACCACUGGCAAGAGUCGCUCCAUCUUCUGUGACCACGAAUGCCAGGUUAGUUAAGGAAAUCACCAUGUUAUCGUUAAACAUCAGUCUGAAUCUCCCUUGGGGCAUCUGUUCAUAUUACUUGACACACGUUAAGGUGGCCUCAAUCCCCUUUUAUGACGGAGAAGAAAUCAUGCUGUAAUUUGUUAAGGCAAUUCGCCCGUUCGUUGGCUUUCCCUUGUCUCUGGUCAUGUGUUUAAACCUUGGACGGUAAAGCAUGAGGUUCAUGUCCUUAACGAAGGUAGUUUUUGUUUUGUUAACGUCAAAUGUGUAUUGUUAUUUACAUACUGCAUUAUGCUGUAAUUCAGUGAUGUACUCUCAGCAUCCAAUAGUUAUCUGUAUUGGCUGAACUAUAAUGUAUAGUGUGAAAUGAUUUUUUUGAUUAAACAUGUGUAUCAUUGCUCAUAUACACGUUUAAUCUGCCCAUCGCUGCAUUAUCACAUGCCUAUGAAACAGCGAUAACGUAAUGUAUUUUAUGAAAUUGUUGACUGUGUAUUGUAAAUAGAUAUUUUGUGAAAUGCUUUAAAAUUUGCAUUUUGGUCAAGAUAAAAAAAUAAUAUAUUUGAGUUGGAAAUGAUUGUUUGUUGAACCUAGAAGCUGCUUGUUUAUAGAAAACAAAUGUUUCCAUAAAAAAACUACCCCAGAUACCUUCCCCUAUUAACUGUCAUGCCCAACAUUAUUUAGUGUAUAUGAUUAUGAUAUGUAUCGACCUCAUUUUUGGUCAAUUUAAUAAUUAAUCAAUAUUUAGAUCAAUCACACGUAGAACUAAUUGAUAACGAGAAACGCAUAAAAAACGUCCAUGGUAUACCGAAGCUUCGAUAGCAUCAACAUUAAAACUCUAUAUCAGUAUAUCAAAGUAUUCAUUUCAUUGGGGAUUACUUAUCAAUGGUGUUCAAAUUGAUAUGCACAAGUAUUCAUUCAUCUAACGUGUUCUUUGUGUGAAUGCUGCCCUGUAUGUGUUAUUAACGUUUUUUAUUUUAUAGUUUUGUAGGCGCCCAACAAAACCAAUGAAUCUCCUUGUCAUAAUAGAAUGCUAGUCUACCUAUAGUUCUCUAGGUGGUAUUUAUAUCUCUCCAAUUCUAUUGGUUGCAUUGCUCACGUGACCAUUAACCUUGACAUUGUAAAUAACGUCGCUUCAUUUUUCGCCUUGUGACGUCAUAUAAGAUCUCCACAAUGGUUGCAGUAGGGUGUUCAGAAAAUUACAUUCCAGCAUCCUGCUCUUAUAAUGUGUUCCAGAAUUGCUUUUAUUCAUGAAACCAUUGUAUUCUCUAGUAUGUGUAAUUAUGGAUUUAUUUUGGCUACUAUUCUGGUGUUUGUUACUCUAAAUCCCCUUGAUGACAAUAGCAAGGGGUCGUGAAUGUUUAUUACUGCCCAUUACGCAUGAUUUUGGUUGUUCCAAACCGUUUGUGAAAUAACUAUCUUUUUAAGGAUUCCACAGACGGAUGCGAUAGCGUUCUAAUUACGUUGUCCUUUGUUCUUCACGCGAUUGAUAGUAAAGUGUAAAGUUAGUGCUUGAGAUAACUUGAGAUACCGUAUUCGACGUAAUAAGCGCCCCGCUCUAAUAAGCGCCCACGGCGAUAUUUGCUAAUAUAUUGGCUAGUGAACAAUCCCAAUUAGCACCCUUUCCGAUUGAUCAAUGUACACAAUACUUAAUUAUUCGUGUAUAAUACGCACUCGUGCGUUAUAUGCAUCCUUAAUUAUGGGCAAUUAAAUUCUGGAAAAUAUAUCUGUCGUGUAUCAUACGCACAGACUUUUGUUUUGUAUCAUUUCAGGCUGUUAGCAUAAACAACGAAAUUAACGAUCUGUUUUUUUCUCACCAAAAUUAUAUUCUAAUAAGAGCCCCCUAUUUCUAAUUUUGAGAGCGCCCUGGGCGCUUAUUGUGCCGAAUACGGUAAGUUGUCGUCAGUACUUACAUGGGCGACCAUCGAGGAAGACUUGUGACGCAUCCUGGGAGUGUCGACUAGCUGAAACAAUGCUGAAACUAACGCAUAAUACCCCAGACUAAAACUGUGAAGUUAAAAAAUUGUUUGUCAUUAAAGUGUAUAUCUAUGCUUGGCCUAGUUUUGAUGUUUUUUUGAUCUGCAACAUUUGUCAAAAUGUUAAAAUUGACAUGUGAUAUUUUUGUAAUUAAAGUCUUUGUGAUAUAAAUCGCU